AUGGCUGCGUUACUUGUGAGCUUAGUGCUUCUCCUAGCCAUGUCUGGCCAUUCAGCUACAAGUUCUGACUGUGUGUACCAAGCUAGUCCAAGCUCCAGCACCAGCACAGGUGGGACCUCGACUGGCGGCACCACCACCGGCGGCGGCACAACUUCCGGUGGAACUCUUUCAGGCAGCCUGGGGCCCACAGGAAGUGGAUAUGACAAUAAUUUUGAUCGGGUUGAACUUGGGGCGGUUGGGGUUGUAGUGGUGCGAUUUGGACUAGGUAACGACGAGGCGGAAGGAGGCGUCCUAGUCGGCAGCGAGGGUGGCGAACGAGUUGUCGCCGGGGAAAUUGAAGGCGGAGUCAAACGGGUGGUAGCCUCUGCCCUGCUUGGAUCCGGAUCGGGCCUGGUUGUUGAUGUUCCAGGUCCAGUCGGCAAAUCCGACCUAGCUUCUCAGAGUGGGAGAAGGGGGCGAAGGGGAUGUUGGAGGGGUGGUUGGGAAAAGAUAGCGCGGCGGAGCCAGAUUCCGGCGGGCUCCCUCGAACCUACCAUAGUAGAUUGGAAUGAUGUUGUUGUUUGUUGGAGAGGAUGA